ACGUGAUGUACUAAGAUCUGUGAGAUAUGUUUUGGCCAUGGAUACUUUUGCAAAUACAUCAACACUAAUCUUUCUCCAGACUUAUCAUGGUGAAAAUAUUCGCAUAGUUGAUAAUAAGUAUCAGCCUCGUAUAGGCGAGACAGUUGAAUUUAUUUAUGAUCCAAAUAGCAGAGCUGAAGCUAUGCGAAUAGGAUAUGAUCUUUUAAGGCAGGGCAAAUGUGUAACAUUCGUAUCUACUGGAGCAGUGAUGGUUAGAGCGCUAGUAGAAAAAGCAUCUAAGUUAUUUAAAUCUGACAAUUCUCCUGUUAAAGCCCGUGCAUAUUAUGGGAAUAUGGAUGGGAAGCAGAGACAAAAAGACUUCUCUAAUAUUGAUGUUGCUUGGGGUGAGCUUGACUGUGUAGCUUACACAAAUACAGUGGAGGCGGAAAUAUCAUUUGAAGUUACAGGCCAUUUUGAUAUAGUUAUAGCUAUUACAAAAAUCACCACUCCAGUUCAUGUUGAGGCUCUUGCGCAAAUGCUUUAUCGAAUUCGUGACUGUCCUCGUCAUAUUGUUUCUAUAGCAAUAAAGGGUCAUCGUGAAUGGGAUAGCAAUGUCGUUUCUUAUAAAAUCGACAAAUCUCCUGCUGUAAUAACAUUCAUUGAAGUUGAGCAUCAGAAACGCCUUUCUGCGAGAUACUUUAUUGAAAAGCUUUGUAGUCUUAUAGCCAGUACCAGCGCUUCUCUUCAGCUAAUAAAAAUGGAUGAGAGCCGAGGUGUUAUAGGAAACCGUAAAAAGUCCGCAAUGAGGUUAGGAUUGAAGCAUUAGUUAUCAAGGAAACAGAUUUUGAUGUGGUUGCUACUUCCCGGAAUCUUGAUCUUGAAGAAGCUGAAAAUCUUAAGUUUGACCAAGAACGCUCUAUCCCAAAUACUAUGGCACUUAAACGUGAUCACUAGUGACACAACUGCUCUGAUCCCACUGUUGAGCAUGGUCAUAUAACUAGCGAAAAAAUCGUAAAUGCAUCUCAAACCAUACCAGCUGAAGUACCAGCAUUCUCUCAGCCAAAUGCUUCACCAGAAAUGAUUUCAUCAGACAUGUUUCAAGCAAGUGUAUCAUUUGCAUCCCAACCUAAGCCAGCUUAUGAUCAUUCCUAUUUUUGCAACAAGAUAUUGGAUCAAUAUCCUAAUCUAUAUAGAGAAUGUAGUAGUGAAAAUUUCGAUUAUUAUAGGAUUACUGAUGAGAC